UUGAAAAGUUUCUUAUACAAUACAAAUAUCACUCAAUUCUCGCUAAUUUGUGUAGGUUAUUUCACUCAAAACAGGUGAGAGGCAUUAGUUUUUAUUUUUGAAAAACUGAAAAAUCUUACUUAUCAGAUUGUUGAAUAACCCAACAUCCACAGCAAUUCUUUCGUAUGGUCCUUGUUAUUUAUUUGGAGAAUCCACGUGUUUCAAUUUCUAUUCGAUAUUUUUGAGCUUAACUCAAGUAGUAGGUUAUUCAAUUGUUUCUACUAUUUUAUUUCGUUAUCUUCUAAUUCGACAUCGAUCAAUUCAAAAUUAUGUGGUUUUGAUGAUAAGCCUCUCAUAUGUUCCGGCAAUUAUUCAAAUUUCACUUGUUUUUUUCGCAAGAAAAGAUUUUGAAGAAGUUCGUCGACUGAGUAUCAUCUCACACCCAUUUUUUGAUUUCUCAAUCUAUCCAUCAAUAACUGGAUUCCCUGAUAAAUCUCAUUGGACUUAUCAAACUUCAGAUGCUUUGCUUGGAUUUGGAGCAUAUGGUGUGCCAAUAUUUUCGAUGAUUUGUUGUAUGAAUAUUUUAAAAACGAUUCCAAAAAAUAAUUCGAUGUCUACCAAAACCAAACAGAUCACUAAAACACUCAUCCACGUGAGAUUUUUCUCGAAACAACUAUUAAUAAUUUCCUCGUGACUUUUAGGGCUUGAUAUGUCAGACAGUUGUUCCAAUGAUUUCUUAUAUUCCACUCUUCACUGGUUACAUCAUUUCCCAGGUUACUGGACGAGAAAUUAUUAUAAUUGGUGAGUUUGAACUAAAUAUAGAAACCUGCUAUAUUUUGUUUUCUCAAAAAUGAUAAGUUUUGAAAGAGCUUAAAGCAACACCCUCGUAUAAUAAGGCCAUUGCGAAAUGCUUUCAAACACCAAAAUAAAUAAAAUUAACCUAUUCAGCUAUACUCACAAGAAAUAUGAAGAAGAAAUACUCAAAAACGAUCAAGUUUGACCGAUUUUGAAAAAAAAAAUUAUUUUUUUUGAAAAUCGCCUGCAGAUUGUGCAGAUCCGCAAUUUCAUGACAUUUGUGCAAACACUGUGACGACAAUUGUGUACUACAGUACCCCUUUCAACUUUUUUUCAACAAAAAGUGAAUUGUUUCACUGAAAACAAUGAAAUAAAUUGUAACAAUGAUUUCUGAAUGUCCUUAACCAUCUCUACUUUCAUUUUUGACAAUGAUAGUUCAGUUUUAUAUUGCAUAUUCCGGUCAAAAACUGAAAAAACACAAUUUCCAUUGGAAAAUUGAGUUUUCGUCUGAAAUAUUGAAUCUUAGUGUUUAUACUUCUUCAAUUUAUUUUUUUCAUACCCAGAAAACAGUUUUUUCCAUGCAAAUUGUCAUUUUCCGAAAAAACGAAAAAAUUUUGCGAAAAAAUAAAAAGAAAACAACGAGACUCCGCGUUGACGCUAGCCCGCGUUGUUUGAAUUCGAGUUUUUUCAAUUUUUCAAUGGGUUUCCAUAUUUCGGCUAAUACUUAUUGAAACGUUUUGAAUUUUUUCUCCGAACUAGAAAACAGUAAAACUAAGCUAAAUCUAAGAUUUGAGAGCAUUUGGGCUUUUUUCAAGAAAGUGCCUAUUAUACGAGGGUGUUGCUUUAACAAUUUGUAGAACAUCUUCUUAUGGUUGCAGCCGGGUUUCCAGCAAUAAUUGAUCCAAUAUUCUCAUUUUAUUUUGUAGUUCCAUACCGAAAUUAUAUCUUGACCAUAUUUAAAUGCCGGCCAAAAUUAACUCAAACGUCUUCUGUGGUCAACGUGUCUCUGGCAGCAAGUAAGAUUACGAUCAUUCAUUUAGUUUAAUGAAAACUUUCUAAUAUUUAGAAUGGAUUCCAACUGCCUAAUAGGUCACACAAAUUUGUUUUUUUUUAAUGGAAAUUUAGAAUUUCAUUUUAUGUUUAUACAUUGUAAAUGUUCUUUCAUAGCAAAAUCAUUCUUCACGUGAGAAUUCUAUUUUCUAGUUUAUAUCUCCUUAUAAAAAUUCAGUCAGGCGAACCACUCUGAAACUUGUGUUUUUUUUCGAAAAAAAAUGGUCGCUGAUUCCAAUUAUUUGGUCAAUUUUUUCGCAAUUUAUUAUCACUUUUAUUUUUUCUGUGGAAUAACUUUACAGUUCAGUCUAUUUUUUCUAAUAUUCUUCAAAUCUCCGGAAAAUUUAAAUAAAUUGAAAUAUUUUUUAUACAACACAAAUAUCACUCAAUUUUCAAUUAUUUGUGUAGGAUAUUUCACUCAAAACAGGUGAGAGGCACUAGUUUUUAUUUUUGAAAAAAUGAAAAAUCUUACUUUUCAGAUUGUUGAAUAACCCAACAUCCACAGCAAUUCUUUCGUAUGGUCCUUGUUAUUUAUUUGGAGAAUCCACGUGUUUCAAUUUCUAUUCGAUAUUUUUGGGAUUAACACAAGCUGUUGGUUAUUCAAUUGCUUCUACUAUUUUAUUUCGUUAUCUUCUUCUUCGACAUCGAUCAUUUCAAAAUCAUGUGGUUUUAAUGAUAAUCCUCUCAUAUUAUCGAAAAUCUCAUCGGUACCACGCGCUCCGCCGAAAUAAACACGCAACGCAGACCGCGUCGCGCCACAACACACACAAAAAAGGGAGGGAAUUUGAAUCGUUCCCUUAUUUGUGUGUGUUGUGGCGACGCGGUCUGCGUUGCGUGUUUAUUUCGGUGGAGCGCGUGUACCGAUGAGAUUUUCGAUAAUAUAUUCCAGCAUUUCUUCAAGUUUCAAUGGUAUUUUUCGAUGAUAGAGAUUUUGCAAGAGUUCGUCAAUUGAGUAUGAUUUCACAUCCAUAUUUUGAUUUUUCGAUUUAUCAAUCAAUAACUGGAUUUCCGAGUAAUUCUGCAUGGUCUUAUAGAUUUGCAGUAUUCCUUCUAGGAUUUGGAGCCUACGGUGUUCCGAUUUUUUCAAUGAUAUGCUGUAGAAAUAUUUUGAAGACUAUACAAAAUAAUAACACAAUGUCCGUCAAAACCAAACAAAUCACAAAAACUUUGAUGCAUGUGAGCUUUCUUUUCUUAGGAAUUUGAUUUCGAAAUUCUCGUGACUUUUAGGGUUUGAUUUGCCAGACAGUUGUUCCAAUGAUCUCUUAUAUUCCAUUAUACACAGGCUACAUUGUAUCCCAAGUCACUGGAGAAGAACUGAUUCUAAUUGGUAAGUAA